AUGCUCAAACCGUGGAGGCGUACGCAGCCCUCAGCCAAGUCCCAAGUGCUGCUGGGUUUCAGGCCUGUCACGUCUCAGCCUUUAUCUUGUCACAUGUCAGGGUUUGAGACCGGCUUCACCAGCGGCGGUCAGUUUGCGGUGGUCAGGAGGUGUCGGCACAGAGACACCGGAGUGGAAUACGCCGCCAAGUUCAUCAAGAAGCGCCGCAGUAAGUCCAGCCGGCGAGGAGUGUCCCGGGACGACAUCGAGCGCGAGGUGGACAUCCUGAAGGAGCUCCAGCAUCCCAACAUCAUCACCCUGCACGAGGUCUUCGAGAACAAGGCCGAGGUCAUUCUCAUUCUGGAACUAGUGGCGGGCGGAGAGCUUUUCGACUUCCUGGCAGAGAAGGAGUCUUUGAGCGAAGAGGAGGCCACACAGUUCCUCAAGCAGAUCCUGGAUGGAGUCCUGUACCUACACUCCAAGCAAAUCGCACACUUUGACCUCAAGCCGGAGAACAUCAUGCUGCUGAACCGCUCCGUGCCUCAUCCACGCAUCAAACUCAUCGACUUCGGUCUGGCCCACAAGAUCGACUUUGGCAACGACUUUAAAAACAUCUUCGGCACCCCGGAAUUCGUCGCUCCAGAAGUGGUUAACUAUGAACCUCUGGGCCUGGAGGCGGACAUGUGGAGCGUUGGUGUGAUAACCUACAUCCUACUGAGCGGAGCGUCACCAUUUCUAGGCGACAAUAAACAGGAGACUCUGGCCAAUGUCUCUGCAGUGGAUUACACGUUUGAAGAAGAGUUCUUCAGCAGCACCAGCUUGUUGGCCAAAGACUUCAUUACAAGACUCCUCACUAAAGACCCAAAAAAAAGAAUGACUAUCCAGGACAGCCUCCUACACCCCUGGAUUAAGCCGAAAGACACGCAGCAGGCACUGAGCAGGAAGGAGUCUGCUGUCAACAUGGAGAAGUUUAAAAAGUUUGCAGCACGAAGAAAGUGGAAACAAUCUGUGAGACUCAUUUCCCUGUGCAACCGGCUGUCUCGCUCGUUCUUGUCCAGAAGUAACAUCAGUGUGGCCCGCAGCGAUGACACCCUGGACGAGGAAGACUCGUUUGUGAUGAAGGCCAUUAUCCACGCCAUCAACGACGACAACGUUCCCGGUCUGCAACACCUGCUGGACUCGCUCAACAGUUACGACGUCAACCAACCCAACAAGCACGGCACGCCUCCGCUCCUGAUCGCAGCCGGCGGUGGAAAUAUUCAGAUCAUCGAGGUGUUGAUGAGGAAGGGGGCUGAAAUCAAAGCCAAUGAUAAGAGCGGAGCCAACGCUAUCUACUACGCAGCGAGACACGGACACGUGGACACGCUGAGGUUCCUGCACGAAAAGAAGUGUCCUCUGAACGUGCAGGACAAGUCUGGGGAGGCGGCUCUCCAUGUCGCUGCGCGGUACGGAAAUGUGGACGUGGUGAGCUACCUCUGCAGCAUCAAGGCCAACCCAGACCUCUGCGACCGGGAGCAGGAGACGCCUCUGCACUGCGCUGCGUGGCACGGGUACUCGGCUGUGGCCCGGGCGCUGUGUAAGGCCGGCUGCCAUGUGGACGCCAAGAACCGAGAGGGGGAGACGGCGCUGCUCACGGCCUCCGCACGCGGCUUCAGGGACAUCGUGGAGUGUCUGAUUGAGCACGGGGCCAACGUCGAGGCCACUGACAAGGACGCUCACACUGCUCUGCAUCUGGCCGUGAGGAGGUGUCAGGUGGAGGUGGUCCACUGUCUCCUCAAACACCGCUGUAACGUGGACCAGCAGGAUCGCCAUGGAAACACACCCCUCCACGUCGCCUGCAAAGACGGGAACCUUCCCAUCGUCAUCGCCAUUUGCAACGCCAAGGCCAACCUGGACCUACCCAACAAAUCUGGGAGGACUCCUCUGCACUUAGCCUCGAAUAACGGCGGUCUGGAGGUGGUGCGACAUCUCUGCCUCGCUGGAGCCAACACCGAAGCGCUCACAAAUGACGGAAAAACGGCUGAAGACUUGGCCUGCCACGAACAACACGAACUCAUAGUGUCACUCUUUGGAAAACUCAAGAAGGACAACCACAAACAGACGUACACCCAGCAGCUGCGGCCCACUCACACCGUGCAGCCGCGGAUCAAGCUGAAGCUGUUCGGACACUCGGCGUCUGGGAAGAGCACGCUGCUGGAGUCCCUGAAGUGUGGCAUCCUGCGCAGCUUCUUCAGGAGGAGGAGGACACGGAUGACCAACUCCACCCGCCAUCCCAGCUCCCCGCUCAGCUCCAAACCCGCAGUCUCUGUGAGCAUCUCCAACCUGUAUCCCGGCUGUGAGAACGUGAGCGUCCGCAGCCGCAGCAUGAUGUUCGAGCCCAGUCUGACCAAAGGCGUCCUGGAGGUGUUUUCCCCCGUCCACAACGGCCUCUCUGCAGGCGACGAGCAGGCGACCAAGGCCAUCGACAUCCAGCACGCCAGCAUCCACGGAGUGGGGGACUUCAGCGUGUGGGAGUUCUCUGGAAACCCUGUGUACUACUGCUCCUACGACUACUUUGCGGCCAACGACGUGACGUCCAUCCACCUGGUGCUGUUCAGUCUGGAGGAGCCGUACGAGACCCAGCUCAGCCACAUCACCUACUGGCUCAACCUGCUCAAGGCUCUGACCCUGCCUCAGAGCAACAUCGGUUUUGGAGGUCGGAUCCCGCUGCCUCUCGCCGUCGUGCUCGUGGCAACUCAUGCCGACCUCGCAGACAUCCCUCGAAGUUUCUCCGGAGACUUCAGUUAUGACAAAGAGCGAACGCUGCUGAAGGAAGUGAGGAACAGGUUCGGCAACGACCUGCAGAUCAGUGACAAGCUGUUCAUCAUGGACGCCGGAGCCUCCAACUCGAAAGACAUCAAACUGUUGAGGAGUCACCUGCAGGAGUUGCGCUCAAGCAUCAUCUCUAGGUGCAGUCCCAUGACCCUGCUGUCGGAGCGCCUGCUAGCUGCUCUACCGUCGUGGAGGAAAAUGAGUGGACCAAACCAGCUGACGUCAUGGCAACAGUUUGUCUUUGAUGUUCAGGAGCACAUCAAUCCUCUGGUCAGCCAGGAGUAUCUGCGCACUCUGGCUCUGCAGCUGCACAGCAUGGGAGAGAUCAACAUCAUGCAGAGCGAGACGGUGCAGGACGUGGUUCUGCUGGAGCCGCGCUGGUUGUGUGGCAACGUCCUGGCCAAGCUGCUGUCGGUGGACACUCCCAAGGCCAUCCACCACUACAGGGGGCGCUACAGGCUGGACGAGGUGCAGACGCUGGCCCCGGACAGCGACGUGGACGAGCUGCUCCAGAUCUUAGACGCCAUGGACAUCUGCGCCCGCGACGCCACCAACCCCUCCAUGGUGGACAUCCCGGCGCUCAUCAAGACCAGCGGCUUGCAUCGAUCCUGGACCGAGGAGGAGGAGGAGGAGGCGCUGCUGUACGGGGGGGUGCGCCUGGUCCCCGCCGAGCACCUCACCGCCUUCCCCUGCGGCCUGUUCCACAAACUGCAGGUGAAUCUGUGCCGGUGGAGCCAUCAGCAGAAGCCGGAAGACGAGGGUUCUGAAGAGGUGGACGGAGAUAUACACUUAUGGUUGAACGGUGCGCGCGUUAGCCAGGGUGGCGCCGAGGCCAUGGUGCUGCUGGUUAACCACGGACAGGGCAUCGACAUCCAGGUUCGCGGGCCCGACUCUCAAAGGGCCAAGUGCUACUCCCUGCUGGACACCAUGUGCAGCAUCACCGAGAACCUCCUGGCCUCCACCUUACCCGGCCUCCUCACCGCCAAGUACUACCUCAGCCCGCAGCAGCUGAAGGAGCACCACACGCCCAUAAUGGUCUACCAGCCCAAAGACUUCCUCCGGGCACAGGUCCAGCGGGAGACCUCGCUCACCAACACCAUGGGAGGCUACCGCGAGAGCUUCAGCAGCAUCUUGACGUUCGGUUGCGCGGAAGUGUACCAGCAAGGCGUGCUGGGGACUCACGUACACAUCUCGGACGUGGCGCUGUUGGCGAGGAGAAAGCUUUGCCGGAUGUUGGACCCGCCGGACGCUUUGGGGAAGGACUGGUGUCUCCUGGCGAUGAACCUGGGGCUGACGGAGCUGGUGGCCAAACACGGUAACGGGACUCCGAACGGUACGGCCAACGGGAGCGGCGAUCUGGGUAGCGCAGACGACGACGCGCCAAUCCCGCCGAGCCCGACCGCGGCCUUACUGCAGGAGUGGAGCGCGCGGCCGGACAGCACGGUGGGGGUGCUCAUGUCCAGACUGAGAGAGCUGGGCCGCAGAGACGCCGCGGACUUCCUGCUCAAAGUUUCCCCCGUGUUUAAAGUCAACAUGGAGGCCGUCGGCGCCACUUGCGGCUACACCCCGACAUGCAACGGCGGCACGUCCUACAACUCAAUCAGCUCGGUCAUAUCGCGCUGA